UGGGAGAGGAGGAGGCGUGUCCACAGUUGUUGUGGGUGACGUCAACUUCCUGCUUGUAAUGUGAAAGCGGUCAUCCGAACAGGAAGAGGAUAAAAAGAGAAUUACACGACUGAACAGUGUGCUGGGUGUCCCGCAAAUGAGACAGAAGGAAGCAGAAUUGAAACUUUCCACGCUUAUGAAACAUGGUGCACGUUUAUAACUGCCAUCCUUAUGCCUCACAGCAGAUAGUUCAGGUGGAGCAGGAGCCCGGUUUGGUUUGCUGUGGAGGCGGUGCUCUGUUUGUGGUCACGACUGGAGGAUGCAAGGUGGAAGCCUACAGUUUGGAUCUGCCAGGAUGCCCUCUUAUCUGUCGCUUUGCAACCAUGGGCACGGUGAGGAGCAUCCAGCACAGCAAUAUUGGAGACUACCUGGUCACCAUUGAAGAAAAGAACAGCGCCACCUACCUGAGAGCCUACACCAACUGGCGUUACCAGGCUGAGGAAAAGGCUCGGGUCGGGGUGCGCCUGUUGGGCCACCUUCUACGUGGGGCGUCUCAGCGGGGCGGAGCGCAAAUGGAGAUCAUCGAGAUUCCGCUAUCAGAGCGUCCCGUUGCUGUCGCAUGCUGCUCGCUGACGGGCGACCUCCUGGUGGGCUGUGACAAGACUCUGGUUUUGUUUACGUUGAGGAGGCAGAACCAGCAGAACCUGCAGAACGUGCAGCAACCUUCAAACACGCAACUGAAUUCCAGUCAGAGUCGAGAUCAAAGCACACACCAAAACGGCUCCUUUCUGGACUUUGAACGCUCCGCCAUUCUGCAUGUUGCAGGAACUAAACCUAAACAGGUAGCACUGUGUGCAGGAUAUGUCGCGAUGCAAGCUGACCUGGAGGUACUGGUCUUGAAACUGGAUACAACUCCUGAGGCCGAAGAUCUGGACGAGUCAUUGGAGGCACCAAGAAAUGAUCAAGCUGACGACCAGACUGACUUCCUGCUCAUUCCGAGACACCAGGAGUUGCUCGGUGAGAGAGCUAAAGACUGUAAUGUCCCCAUCACCAUGGAAAAAACGGGUCUGGAAGACGGAGGACGAAACAGCUUCUCAUAUGUUCUCUUUAGGCGUUUUACUCCAGAUUACUUCCAGGGUUGCAGUGUGGAAGAGACACACCUUCACUCCCUCAAACUCCACCCACUAUUCACAAGUCAGUCUCCGGUUGACGAACCGACUUGUGUGUUCUGCUUCUUCUCCCUUCCCACUGCGGGUUACCUGUACAGCCUGAAAGGCGGAGUUGAGCUCCUCUCCGCCUACCAGUAUCCUGAGAAGGUCUUGGAGGCGGUCCUAACAGACCACCUGUUACACGUCGUCACCAAGAGUGCGCUGCAAUGCUUUACGGUGCGGUGUGCAGCAGUCGCAGCCAGGUUCGAGGACCCCUACAUCGAUACUACCAUGAGGGCCUGUCCACCGUCCGCCCUAGAAGUAUGCGCCCUCAGGAUGCAGUUGUUUAUUGGCCUGCGGUCCGUAUGUGCUUACGGCCGUCACGUCAUCCUGCUGUCUACCGCCGAUACCGAAGCACCAGAGGAGUCCGAACGCAACACACAGCGCAGAAGCCUCAUGUUGAAAGAACACACCAUGCUGACUGGUAUUUUCUUGGCGGUGGGAAUUGAUCCCACCACUACGCCAGGUCUGGAGAGCCUUCUAUCACGUUCCUCCCUGAGUAAGAAGUGGACGAUUUCUGCUCCCAGAGUGAGCAACCCUGUUGGACACGGAUGGAACCUCUAUGUGGUCGACACGGUCUCUCCGCUCACUCUCUACAAAGAGAUGGUUGAAUACAGCCAACAUUAUGCCCAGACCAACAUGCAGGCCCAAAGUCUUUGGCACCUCCUCAGUGAAGCUCACCUCCUCCUUCGUGCCGCCCUGCUCCAGCCUUCUUCACCGCAGCAGCACCCGAGCAACGGUGACCCUGCGGACGGCCGAUCAGAGGCACAAGUCAUCGUUCAGACUGGCAGACAAGAACUGGAAGAGGCGCUAAGGGAGAACUCUGCACAACUGGGAGACUGUUUCAGCAGGGGAAGCCACAGGAGUUGUCAUCUGGCUCUGCCUUACUACCGAAUGUCUGGUCUGUCCGUCAGUGACGUCAUGGCCAGGAACCGACCUCAGCCCAGCGACCCACACUCCCACAACCCGGGCUUCUUGUUCUACCUGAAGCAUUACCUUUUAGAAGAGACCGAUCAGCAUCUUAGUCAGGAAGCAGCGGAUGAGCUCAUUGACAUUUUCAGCCAAACAGAACCGUCACAGCUCAUCAACGUGUGUGCCAGCCCGACGAUGAUCAAUGUCAAUCCUGCUCGGACGCUCCGAAUCUUGCAACAUCUUGAGGACACCACAGGGGUGUCCGUUGCACUGACAAUCACCAUGGCAACCAUGCUGCUGCGCUUGGACGACCUGUCACAGUACACACAACUGAUGGAGAGACAUGCUGAGAUGGUGUUGGUGUACGGCUUCAUCGAGGAGCCGAGGCUUUUGCUGCAGGGGGGAGACACAAACAUUUACCCUACAGCCUUGACCCAGCAGAUGGUUAAGUCCCAGCCGGGUGUGCUGGUGGCUGCUAUGGUGGCCCUGCAUGAGAACAACAAAAUCGACCUGAAACAGGUGGACGUCAUGUUUAAGGUGCUGGAUUGUGAACACAGUUUGCAGGUGGAUUUCUGGGAAGCCAUGCUUAUGGCCUCGUCCCAGGACGCGGUCAUUCAGGAGCUUCUCUUCCGAUUGUCUUCCGUCUACAUAGACCGACUGAUGCAGACCAGUUCUGACAAACUCCAGCACAAACCCAUAGCACGCAGAUCCCUAAAAAGCGCCGAUGACCUAAUAAAUUCCUGCACUCACUAUGGUGCUUUGUAUCCCUGGCUCACUGUUCUCAGUCCGCCGCACACCACCGGCUCCCAGCACCAAGAGGCGUUUUAUAAAAUGCAGUCCCUCCUCUGUGGUCCAUCUCUGUCUGUGACCUCAGUCACACCUUUGUUAGAAAGCCUGUCGGAAAACAACGUAUGGGGCUUCAGCCUGCACCUUCUCUGCGCGACCAGGAGGGGGCAGUACGGUUACAGCAUUGAACAGCUGCUGGACAGAUGUCCCCAGGCUAUCAUUGCCUAUGCCAAUCACCACUUGCAAGAUACACACAUGGCCUUGUGGUGGCAGAAGCUGCUUCCAGAACUGUGUAGUCGGACUAGAGCUGCCACAGACAACAGCAUCCUGUUGGCUGCUCUCAAAGAGACGCUGGUUGUGGUUGCCAUGGAGACAAGUCCCGCAGAGUUCUUGGAGCUGGUACCUGAUGACGGCACAGCCUCGUACUUUUUACCUCACUUGUUGACCUGCAGCCAGAGACACCUGCUGGCCUGACGUUCACUCUAGUGCGUACACACACACACACACACACACACACACAUACGAUACCAAUGCAAGUUUGGACACACCUUCUCAUUUCAAUGCAUUUUUUCACGACUAUUUACAUUGUAGCUUGUCAAAACUAUGAAGUUAAAACCCUUUCCGGUGACUACCUCUUGAAGCUCAUGGAGAGAAUCCCAAGAGUGUGCAAAACAGUAAUCAGAGCAAAGGGUGGCUGUUAUGGAGAAACUCGAAUAUAAAACAAUGUUUUCAGUUAUUUCACCUUUUUUUGUUCAUUACAUAACUCCACAUGUGUUCACUCAUAGUUCUGAUGCCUUCAGUGACAAUCUGCAAUGUAAAUAGUCAUGAAAAUAAAGAAAAAUAUAUUGAAUGAGAAGGGGUGUCCAAACUUUUGGCCUGUAUAUGUGUAUAUAUAUGUAUAUAUAUGUAUAUAUAUAUA